AUGACAGCGGUAGAAACGCAAGUGCAGUAUCAGAGCUCCUACAUGAUGACCUCGACUGAGGAGUACAUGAUCCAGGAGGAGGACUGGGACAGGGACCUGCUGCUGGACCCUGCCUGGGAGAAGCAGCAGCGUAAGACCUUCACCGCCUGGUGUAACUCUCAUCUGCGUAAGGCUGGGACGCAGAUUGAGAACAUUGAAGAGGACUUCAGGAAUGGACUCAAACUCAUGCUGCUGCUGGAGGUGAUCUCAGGUGAGAGGCUCCCCAAGCCAGACAAAGGUAAAAUGCGCUUCCACAAGAUCGCCAAUGUGAACAAGGCCCUGGACUUCAUCUGCAGCAAGGGAGUCAAGCUGGUAUCCAUUGGUGCUGAGGAAAUUGUGGAUGGUAACGUGAAGAUGACUCUUGGAAUGAUCUGGACCAUCAUCCUGCGAUUUGCUAUCCAGGACAUCUCUGUAGAAGAGACUUCUGCUAAGGAGGGCUUGCUGCUGUGGUGUCAGAGAAAGACUGCCCCCUAUAGGAAUGUGAAUGUACAGAACUUCCACAUCAGUUGGAAGGAUGGCCUGGCUCUGUGUGCCCUCAUUCACAGACACAGACCUGACCUCAUUGACUACUCCAAACUGCGCAAGGAUGACCCUAUUGGCAAUCUUAACACUGCUUUUGAAGUGGCUGAGAAAUUCCUAGAUAUCCCCAGGAUGCUUGAUGCUGAAGACAUUGUGAACACACCAAAACCAGAUGAGAAAGCCAUCAUGACCUAUGUGUCCUGCUUUUACCAUGCCUUUGCUGGAGCGGAGCAGGCUGAGACAGCAGCUAACAGGAUCUGCAAAGUGCUGGCUGUAAACCAAGAGAAUGAGAGACUGAUGCAGGAGUAUGAGAAACUGGCUAGUGAGCUGCUGGAGUGGAUCAGGAGGACCAUCCCUUGGCUGGAGAACCGUGUACCAGAGCAGACUAUGCCAGCCAUGCAGCAGAAGCUGGAGGACUUCAGGGAUUACCGCCGUGUACACAAACCACCUAAGGUCCAGGAGAAGUGCCAACUGGAGAUCAACUUCAACACUCUGCAGACCAAACUGAGGCUCAGCAACAGGCCUGCCUUUAUGCCUUCUGAGGGCAAGAUGGUCUCGGACAUUGCCAAUGCCUGGAAGGGUCUAGAGCAGGUGGAGAAAGGCUAUGAAGAGUGGCUGCUGACAGAGAUCCGUCGUCUGGAGAGACUGGACCAUCUGGCUGAGAAGUUCAAACAGAAGUGUAGCCUGCAUGAGACAUGGACUGCAGGUAAAGAGGAACUGCUGUCUCUGAAGGAUUAUGAGUCAGCCUCUCUGAUGGAGAUCCGUGCUCUGAUGAGAAAGCACGAGGCCUUUGAGAGUGAUCUGGCUGCCCACCAGGACAGAGUGGAGCAGAUUGCUGCCAUUGCACAGGAGCUUAAUGAGCUAGAUUAUCAUGAUGCUGCCACUAUUAAUGCCCGCUGCCAGGGUAUUUGUGACCAGUGGGACAAUCUAGGCACCCUGACCCAGAAAAGGAGAGACUCACUGGAGCGUGUGGAGAAGCUUUGGGAAACUAUUGAUCAGUUGUUCCUGGAGUUUGCCAAGAGAGCAGCACCCUUUAACAACUGGAUGGAUGGAGCCAUGGAGGACUUGCAGGACAUGUUCAUUGUACACAGCAUUGAGGAGAUUCAGAGUUUGAUCACAGCCCAUGACCAGUUCAAGGCCACACUGCCUGAGGCUGAUAAGGAACGAAUGGCCACCUUGGGCAUCCAAAAUGAGAUCCUGAAGAUCGCUCAGACUUACGGGAUCAAACUGACCGGCGAGAACCCAUACACUAACAUCACCCCGCAGGACAUUAGCAACAAGUGGGAGGCCGUCAAACAGCUGGUCCCAAUGCGUGAUCAAAUGCUGCAGGAGGAGGUGGCCAGGCAGCAGUCCAAUGAGAGGCUGAGACGCCAGUUUGCUGCCCAGGCCAAUAUCAUUGGACCCUGGAUUCAGACCAAGAUGGAGGAGAUCAGCCAUGUGUCCAUUGACAUUGCUGGGUCACUGGAGGAACAGAUGAGCAAUCUGAAACAGUAUGAACAGAACAUCAUCAACUACAAAUCCAACAUUGACAAGCUGGAGGGAGACCACCAACUCAGUCAGGAGGGUCUUAUCUUUGAUAACAAGCACACUAACUACACCAUGGAGCAUGUCCGUGUGGGCUGGGAGCAGCUGCUCACCACCAUUGCACGCACCAUCAACGAGGUGGAAAACCAGAUCCUGACCCGUGAUGCCAAAGGCAUCAGCCAGGAGCAGCUCAAUGAGUUCAGAGCCUCCUUCAACCACUUUGACAGGAAGAGGAAUGGCAUGAUGGACCCAGAUGAUUUCCGUGCUUGUCUCAUCUCUAUGGGCUACGAUCUGGGUGAAGUUGAAUUUGCACGUAUUAUGACCCUGGUGGACCCCAACAACACAGGAGCGGUCACCUUCCAGGCCUUCAUUGACUUCAUGACCAGAGAGACAGCUGAGACAGACACUGCUGAACAGGUCAUGGCAUCCUUCAAGAUCUUGGCAUCUGAUAAGCUAUACAUUACAGUGGAGGAGCUGAGACGGGAGCUGCCUCCAGAGCAGGCCGAGUAUUGCAUCAGCCGCAUGACCCAAUAUGUCGGAGCUGAUGUUCCAACAGAUGCUCUGGACUACAUCUCCUUCUCCAGCGCCCUGUAUGGAGAGAGUGACUUGUAG